AUGCGUUCAACUGCGCUCUGCUUGACUUGUUCAUCGUCUCUUCUACCCAAAUACGACUUAGACUUAUUUAUGACCGAAUGCUGCGGUCGCCCCAUCUGUCCUGCCUGUAUAAACUCAAACCCUCGCUUGAGGACCUAUAACCCCUGCUUGUCCUGCUUGGGCGGCGUGAAUGUGGUUAGCUCAGCUUCUGCGCGGAGGAUCUGCGUCGCGAAUAAUAGCACAGUGCGGGACGAAGAUAUAUUUAUUCUAGGGGAUGAAGAAGAAGACGAAGACGAAGCUCACGAGCUUGCUUCAGUGUCCCCAAUCUCGGAUCCCGCCCCGCCUUCAUAUUCAUUAGCGGUUUCAUCAACACCCAGCCUAACCAGUGAAUCAAUACUCCUCACGCAGACUAGCGAUGCUUCCCCGGGACAUGCGGAGGUUGCAGCCACUGGCGAGCAAUGUAUCCCCUCUAGAUAUUACAUUAAUCCUAGGGAUACACUACAGGGGAUAUCUCUCCGCUAUGGAGUUAAUGGUCGGGAAUUAUGCCGUCUGAAUAAUCUACCCCCAAGCACUCUUUCCACUACCCCUCAUCUACUCCAUACCCGCACUUUUAUUAUCCUACCACCCUCCGCCAAGUCACUCUCCGUUACGCGGGAUGCAGAUCUGGAUGCAGGAGUAAGGCGCGUCCGCGAGAAAGCCGAGAAACGUUUGCAGAUGCUGACGAAAGAGGUAGACUGGCGCGUGGCGAAGGCAUACGUGUCUCUUGCUGAUGAUCCUGAUGAAGAAGCUAUGUAUGGCCGGAAGUAUAAAGAAACUGGCAGUAUUGGUACCAGCACCUUGGAAGCACGUGCGGCUGAUCAGUACCUAGAAGAUCAAGAAUGGGAAGAGGAACAGAGAAGAGCUGGCAAACGCAUCUCGGUAAAGUCGCUACCACUGCUUCAAGGCAAAUUUAUCGCAUAUACAUGA